GGCCCUCCCAUUCCUCCCCGCCCCGCUGCCGCUUGCCGAGCGAUUUGUCCCGCUGCAGGGCGGGGAAGCGGCUGCGUCGCUGUAGCCGGGCGGAGAGCCUGGGAUGCCGCUGCUGAGCCGCUCCCUGCAUAGCCUGACUCCGGAUCCGCCAGCCAGGUUCUGAACGGUGCCUGAACAGAAGUUAGAGCCAAGAGCUGCCCUCGGAGACAGGCUGCAGAAUAAUUAGUCACCAUGACGACAGAGACGGGCCCAGACUCAGAGGUGAAGAAUGCCCAGGAGGAGCCCCCACAGCAGCAGCUGGAGGCAGCGGCAACCAGCCCAACCACGGUGACCACCGGCCCUGGCCCGACGGCCAACAACCGGGAAGCUGAGGCCAACGAGAAGCCCAGAGCCCAGGCCGACUCCAGAAGUGCGGAGCCGGGCAUGGAUUUGGAGGAGAAGGACUACAGUGAAACAGAUGGGCUGUCUGAGAAAACCACGCCCAGCAAGACCCAGAAAUCCCCCCAGAAAAUUGCCAAGAAGCUCAAGAGCGCCAUCUGCAGGGUGACCCUGCUCGACGCCUCUGAGUAUGAGUGUGAAGUGGAGAAACAUGCCCGGGGCCAGGUGCUCUUCGACAUGGUGUGUGAGCACCUCAACCUCCUGGAGAAGGAUUACUUCGGCCUGACGUUCUGCGACUCUGACAGCCAGAAGAACUGGCUGGACCCUUCCAAGGAAAUCAAAAAGCAGAUCCGCAGUGGCCCCUGGAACUUUGCCUUCACUGUUAAAUUCUACCCACCCGACCCUGCCCAGCUCACAGAGGACAUCACAAGAUACUACCUGUGUCUGCAGCUGCGGGCUGACAUCAUCACGGGCCGCUUGCCGUGCUCCUUUGUCACGCACGCCCUGCUGGGCUCCUACGCCGUGCAGGCUGAGCUGGGAGACUACGACGCUGAGGAGCACGUCGGCAACUACGUCAGCGAGCUGCACUUCGCACCCAACCAGACCAGAGAGCUGGAGGAGCGCAUCAUGGAGCUGCACAAGACCUACAGGGGCAUGACGCCGGGCGAAGCGGAGAUCCACUUCCUGGAGAAUGCCAAGAAGCUCUCCAUGUACGGCGUCGACCUGCACCACGCCAAGGACUCAGAAGGUAUCGACAUCAUGCUGGGCGUCUGUGCCAACGGCCUGCUGAUCUACAGGGACAGGCUGAGGAUAAACCGCUUUGCCUGGCCCAAGAUCCUCAAGAUUUCCUACAAGAGGAGCAACUUCUACAUCAAAAUCCGCCCCGGCGAGUACGAGCAGUUCGAGAGCACCAUUGGCUUCAAGCUGCCCAACCACCGCUCUGCCAAGAGGCUCUGGAAGGUCUGCAUUGAGCACCACACCUUCUUCAGCCCAUGUCCCCAGCCAGAGUUCUCGCGCCCGGUCUCCGUCAGCGAGAACCACGACGGAGGGGCGGAGUCCGAGAGGCGGGACGAGGACAGCGAGUACGGCGGGUGGCGACGCUCGGAGGCGGAGGAUGAGGUUGAGGAAGUGACGACCCCGACGAAAAUCAAGGAGCUGAAGCCGGAGCAGGAAACCACCCCCAGGCACAAGCAGGAGUUUUUAGACAAACCAGAAGACGUUUUGCUAAAGCACCAGGCCAGCAUCAAUGAGCUGAAGAGGACGCUGAAGGAGCCCAACAGCAAGCUGGUUCACAGGGACCGGGACAGGAGGCUGCCUUCAUCACCAGCCUCUUCCUCACCCAAGAAUGAGGAUGAGACACCAAAGGGGACCCCGGAGAAGGCCAGUGAGAGAGCGGGAGCGAGGGAGGGCGCAGAGGAGAAAGCGAAGCCACCUCGGCACAGGGCUCCUGAGAGCGACACUGGGGAUGAGGAGCAAGACCAGGAGAGGGAUUCAGUCUUUCUGAAGGACAACCAUCUGGCCAUCGAGCGAAAGUGCUCGAGCAUCACGGUCAGCUCGACCUCCAGCCUGGAAGCCGAGGUAGACUUCACUAUGAUCGGCGACUUCCACAGCACAGCCUUUGAAGACUUCUCUAGAAGUCUGCCUGAGCUCGAUAAAGACAUGAGUGAGAGGGAAGCUGAAGGUGCGAUUUCCUCCCAGGAUACUGACAAAGCAGCUCCUGGCCAAGAAGAAGAUGCCAAGGAAGGGGAGCAGGGCUCCCACCAUAUCCCAGAAGUGUCCCACUUUGAGUCAUCCGUUCUGAAAACAGAGGCUGUGACUGUCAGCUCGGUGACUGGCACGAAGAAGACAGAACCAGAGGUCUCCGUGCACCACAGAGUCACCACGGCGGAAACAACACAGGUCGACAGAGGCACCACGGGCGGAAAAGAGACAACAGCCACGUCCCACAUCGUCACCACAGAAAGCAUAUCAGUGACCUCAGAUCACAGUACCAAGCCUGGGAAGGGAAUGAGCCCCGCUACCGAACUUCGCUCCAUAUCUCCGAUCACCAGCAGCUCUGCUGGGAAGGAAGUUCUCACCAGCAUAUUUGGUGCCACUGCAGAAACCCUCUCCACCUCCACCACUACCCACGUUACCAAGACUGUGAAAGGAGGGUUUGCAGAGACCAGAAUAGAGAAGCGGAUCAUUAUUACGGGAGAUGAAGAUGUGGAUCAAGACCAGGCAUUGGCUUUGGCAAUCAAAGAGGCAAAACUACAGCACCCUGACAUGCUGGUAACCAAAGCUGUGGUAUAUAGAGAAACAGAACCAUCUCCAGAGGAAAGGGACAAGAAACCUCAGGAAUCUUGACCGCCGUGUUCACAGAAGUUGGCAUCUCUAUUCAAACCCAACUCGGAGAACAAUGAAGAAGGGGCCUUCCUGCUGGAUUCCUCAAUGAGACCUAGACGUCCUGGCUGCAACGUUAAUGGCGAGAGACAAAUUUUUUAAAAAAGGAAUAGCAAAUAUAUAAUAUAUAUAUAUAUAUUAUAUAUAUAUAUACACAGGAAACAAAAUGCAUCCUUGCACUGCUGCUAUAUGCUGGAGGUGAAUUGCAAACAGCAACAUCAACAAUAACACACAAAACCAACCGCCUACUUUAGCCUUUGCAAACAAAUUGAAGAAUUGACUGGAUUCAUCAGAAAAACAAACAAAAAAUCAUGAUAAUAACAAUAAUAUUAUUAACAUACAAUAAACCGCCAUUUUGCAUGUUACAUUUAAAGGACACACAACUCAUGGGUUCAUUUGUUGCACACUGAAUGGAAAGGAAACGUGCUUUGCAACAAAGCAGCAAACAAAAAAACUCCAACAACCCACAAGCAGAUGCAAAACUAUUCCCCACCUAAGGAAAGAAGAGAGAGAACCAUUGAAUUGUUUGAUUACUUUGUAAUUAUUUUCUGCUUCAAGAUGUGUGGUGAUCAUCCCUCUUCCCCAUUCCAUGCUAGUUCUGUUACAUCAUUUUUUGGUUCUGUUCUUACCCCCCCACUUGUCCUUCCUUCUCUUUCCUCUGUCCCCUUGUCCGGUCUCUUGUUCUGCUGAAGGUAAUAAGAACAGAUCUCAUUUAAAACAAAACAAAACCGAUAUGUAUAUGGUUUCUCAUUUAUAAAAAUGCAGUCUGUAGGGGUUUCAUAUGAAUGUGCUUUUAAGUUAUGUAUAUUAUAUAUAACUGGGGGUGUGAAGUGGGGGGUGGGAAACAAUAUUAAAAUAAUUAAACAGUGCUGGUAAGUUUGCUGAUGACAUUUUUAAAUUAUAAUUGUUUGGUUGACUGUGGUUGAUAUACUAUGAGAAUCUUAGCUCACACUGAUAUCCCACAAGAAGAGAACAGGAAACAUUUCAUUAGCUGCUGCUCUUUGGGGGGGUGGGAUGGGACGUUUGCCACUGAGUUGAUGCACUGCGGCAGGAGGGGUUGGUGUAGUGACACAGUGUAUGGUGUUUGUAAUUGGUUGGUUGGUGAUAAGGGAGGGCUCAGCAACAUGGAGGGGUGGGGGACUGGGAAAGAAGGAAUGGACUGCAUCCAUUUACCAUUACCAAAAUGUGCCAGACAGAAAUGUCUCCCCAUGCCCCCAAUCCAAAGAUGUUGAGGUUGUUUGGAGACUCGAGGUUAGACUGUUUGAUUCCCAUGCUUCCCGCCUCUAGGAGUCUUUGACUCCUCAGGUCUGGAGCCCUAGCAGCAGUAGAGGUAUCAUAUCACACUUGUCAGCAGGUUCUUGAAAAGCAGGCACCUGGGCUAAGUUAGGGAUGCAUACAGUGAUCCCCCCCUAACCCACUGGUCUAGACGCUUGUUUCUAGCUUCAUUUCUGAACCUCAGCCCCAGCUUGAGAGCAAGUACCUCUCCACAGCAAGCUGUAUGUUUGCAUUUUGCCAGGGUGGCUGUAGGCUGUGCAACAGCUGCCCUGGCAGGAACAGGCGAAUGGCAGCUCCCCCAUGGUACUGUCUACCGAUACUCUGGCUUAGGGUUGACUCCUGUCCAUCGACAGUUGAUGAGGAAGAUACCAUGUGACAAACCUGCAGGGAAUAGCAGGUUUACAGGGCUGGAUAGCAUUGCCCAGUCAUCCAGAACUUAGAGGGCAGAUGCUGAUGAGGCAGCGGGAAGGCAGAGAGGCUGCUUUCCCCACGACUGGUCAGAACUUGGCACUUAGAUAAAGUUUUCCUCUGCUGCUGCCUAUGGAGUGGAGAUUUUGGGCCCAGUCUAGGACCUGAGGCACUGUGUGAGACAGGCAGUUAGGGCAGACUUAGAACCAAAAAAAGAAAAGGAAAUGAACUGAUUUCCAAAUGGAAUUGUCACGAGCUCCUGAAACUACAGAAGGGUCCACAAACAUUGCACUAUCUUUGUCUUUAUUUCCCCACCACCACCACCCCACACUUAAUGCCUGGAGAGGAAGCACAUCUAACUAGUCCCCAUGAUAGGAUCUGGGAAUCCUACUGAAAAUGGACAACUUGAAUAUUUAGAAUCAGGUGGGCAUACCCCAUAUGAUCAAUUUCCUACCAUAGCAGGGAUUCCUGAGUCUCUGGUGGGCCUUGGUCUUUGCAGUUGGCUUCUGGGGGGGAGGGAUAGCUCAGUGGUUUGAGCAUUGGCCUGCUAAACCCAGGGUUGUGAGUUCAA